AUGGCAACCAAAACCCUCGAAGGCGCUCUCGAGCGCUUUUCCAUCAACGAUGAAAACGAGGACGUCCAAUCCUCCAAGAUCCCCGGCGCCUACCACAAGUCGAAGGGUUCGCUCUCGACUGCAGUAAACCUCACCGGACUCGGCUCAACGGCAACCAACGGCAACCGCAUGAAGCUUCCCCUGCAGCGGUUACAGAACCCCAGCGCACCCAAGGCAUACAGCAGCAACACGAUCACCAAAGUCACCCUCCCGUCGCAAGCCGCCCAGCACAACCGGACCGAGUCGCGGCCAUCCGACGAGCUCGUGCAACGGAGCUCCGACACCGUGCUCUACAAGCAGCCCACCGCACCCAAGCAAUUCAACCUCAACAUGUUCGAAAUUGGCAAGCCUCUCGGCAAGGGCAAGUUCGGACGGGUGUACCUUGCCAAGGAGCGGCACUCGGGCUUUGUGUGCGCGCUCAAGGUCCUGCACAAGUCGGAAUUGCAGCAGGGCAAGGUCGAGAAGCAGGUGCGGCGAGAGAUCGAGAUCCAGUCGAACCUAGCCCACCCUAAUAUUCUGCGCCUGUACGGCCACUUCCACGACUCGAAACGUAUUUUCCUAAUCCUGGAGUUUGCCGGCCGUGGCGAGUUGUACAAGCAUCUUCGCAAGGAGCAGCGCUUCCCCGAGUGGAAGUCGGCGCAGUACAUCGCGCAGAUGGCUGCGGCCCUCAAGUACCUUCACAAGAAGCACGUCAUGCACCGCGAUAUCAAGCCGGAGAACAUCCUUGUUGGCAUCCACGGCGAGAUCAAAAUCUCGGAUUUCGGCUGGAGCGUCCACGCGCCCAACAACCGCCGCAACACCAUGUGCGGCACUCUCGACUACUUGCCUCCUGAGAUGAUCAAGCCUGGCAGCUCCGAGAACUACUACAGCGAGAAGGUCGACCUCUGGAGUCUGGGCGUCUUGAUGUACGAGUUCUUGGUUGGCGAGGCGCCGUUCGAGGAUACCCCGGUCAUGACCCAGCGCAGGAUCGCCAGAGGCGAGAUGACUGUUCCGAGCUUUGUUAGCCCGGAGGCGAGAGACCUUAUCAAGAGAUUGCUUGUUCUGGACCCAGAGAAGCGCAUUCCGCUUGAGGAGGUGGAGAAGCACCCUUGGAUCAUCAAACACUGCGUCAAGGGCGAGCGCAGCUACUUGCGGACCUCUGGCCAAUCUAGCAAGAGCCGGACGAGCGACAAGUCCGAUGACUAG